UAACUGGACUUCAGAGUCCUCAAGCAGGAUUCUCUAAAGGUUCAUUUGCAGGUUAAGUUAUGGUGAGGAAGGGAAAUGCGAUGUUAGCAUUUAUUUCCAGAGGACAAGAAUAUAAAAGCAAAGAUGUAAUGUUGACACUGGUGAGGCCUCACUUGGGGUAUUGUGAACAGUUUUGGGCCCCUUAGAAAGGAUGUGCUGAAACUGGAGAGGGUUCAAAGGAAGUUCACGAAAAUGAUUCCAGGAUUGAAUGGCUUGUCAUAUGAAAAGCAUUUGAUGGCUCAGCCUCUAUUCACUAGAAUUCAGAAGGAUGAGGGGUGACCUAAUUGAAACUUGUUGAAUGGUGAAAGGCCUUGAUAGAGUGGAUGUGGAGAGGAUAUUUCCUAGGGUGGGAGAGUCUAAGACCAGAGGACACAACUUCACAAUAGAGGGGUGGCCAUUCAGAAUUUCUUUAACCAGAGAAUGGUGAAUCUAUGGAGUUCGUAGCUACAGGUAGCUGUGGAGGCUAAGUCAUUGGGUAUAUUUAAGGCAGAAGCUGAUAGAUUCUUGAUUAGUCAGGGCAUGAAGGGAUACGGGGAGAAGGCAGGAGAUUGGGGCUGAGAGGAAAAAUGGAUCAGCCAUGAUGAAAUGGCAGAGCACACUCGGUAGGCCAAAUGGCCUAAUUCUGUUCCUUUGACUUAUGGUCUUAUUCUCAUCAAUCCCGAGAUUCUGUCAUUCACCUACAUACUCUCAGCAAUUUACAGCGAAUAAUUAACCUAAUAACCCAUAAGACAUUGGAAGGAUGCUUGAGCUCCCCGAGAAAACUUGCAUACUCACAGGGAGAACAUGCAAGCUCCACGCUGACAGCAUCAGAAGUCAGGAUUGAACCCAUUUCACUGAAACUGAACUAUGUCUUCCAUGCAGUUUCUCACAAGGUUAUCCUUGCCUCGCCUGGCCUAUCAUAGGAUCUCAGCAAAAAACCCUGGAGUUGUGUUCCUCUCGGGAUUCAAAUCCAACAUGAAUGGGGAGAAAGCGUUGGCCUUGGAAGCAUUUUGUGAUUCAGCAGGCUAUUCCUUUGUCAGGUUUGACUACACCGGCUAUGGUAGCUCAGAAGGAAAUUCUGAGGAUUGCUUGUUAAGGGAUUGGAAGAAUGAUGUACUAACAGUCUUGGAUAAUCUUACCACAGGACCGCAGAUUCUGGUGGGCUCCAGCAUGGGAGGAUGGCUCAUGUUACUGGCUUCCCUUGCCAGACCAGAGAAAGUAGCCGGAAUGGUUGGCAUAGCAACAGCUGCUGAUCACUUUGUAACGGCGUUUAGACAGCUCCCCGCAGAGUUGAAGAAAGAAGCUGAGGUGAUGGGCCAAUACAACAUGCCCUCCAGGUACAGUGCCACUGGCUACGAAACCAUGAAGUAUGACUUUAUAAAGGAGGCAGAGGUGCACUGUUUGCUACAGGGCAGCAUCCCAAUCUCGUGCCCAGUGCGGCUUCUCCAUGGAAUGAUGGAUGAUGUGGUCCCAUGGCAGAUCUCCAUUACUGUUGCGGAACAGCUUGUAAGCGAUGAUGUCGAUGUCAUUCUCCGGAAGAACGGAGAUCACCGCCUGUCACGGCCUGAUGACUUGAAGCUGCUUGUUGCUGUCGUUGACGACCUUAUGCACAAGUUAACAAAGAAAGAUCUGAAGUGACUAGCCCUGCCUUGGAGUUGCAGUGAUCCACGUUCAAUCCGGACCUCGGGUCCUACUUGUGUGGAGUUUGUAUCUCAUGGGAUGAAUUUCCCUUCUAGAGUUGUAAAGUCAUAGAGCACUAUAGCCUAUCUAGUCUGUGCUGAACUGUUAUUCUUCAUAGUCCCAUCCACCUGCACCUGGAGCACAGCCCACCAUACCCUUCCCAUCCAUGUACAUAUCCAAACUUAAAUGUUGAAAUCAAACCCACAUCCACCACUUUCGCUGACAGCUCUGCCUGAAGUACACCCAACGACUUUGCCUGCGCAGCUGCAUAUAGCAACAAAUUCCACAAAUUCACCACCCUCUGGCUAAAGAAAUUUCUCCGCAUCACUGUUUUAAAUGGAUACCCCUCUAUUCUGAGGCUGUGCCCUCUUCUCCCAGGCUCCCCCACCAUGGGAAACAUUCUUUCCACAUCUACUCUGUCUAGGCCUUUCAACAUUCAAAAGCUUUCAAUAAGAUCCCCCCCAACCCCCUCAUCCUUCUAAAUUUCAGCAAGUACAGACUCAGAGCUAUCAGAUGUUCCUCGUAUGAUAACCUUUUCAUUCCCAGAAUCAUCCUUGUGAACUUCCUCUGAACCCUCUCCAAUGCCAGCGCAUCUUUUAGAUGAGGAGCCCAAAACUGUUGAUAAUACUCAAGGUGAGGCCUCACCAGUGCCUUAUAAAGCCUCAGCAUCACAUCCCUGCUCUUGUAUCCUAGACCCCUUGAAAUGAAUGCCAACAUUGCAUUUGCCUUCCUCACCGCUGACUCAACCUGCAAGUUAAUUCUGCAGAAGGACUCCCAAGUCCCUUUGCAUCUCAGAAUUUUGGAUUUUCUCCCUGUUUAGAAAAUAAUCUGUACAUUUAUUUCUACUACCAAAGAGCAUGACCAUGCAUUUUCCAACGUUUUAUUUCAAUUGCCACUCUCUUGCCCAUUCUCCUAAUCUGUCUAAGUCCUUCUGCAACCCACCCGUUUCCUCAACACCACCUGCCCCUCCACCAAUCUUCAUAUCAUCUGCAAACUUGGCAACAAAGCCAUCUAUUCCAUCAUCUAAAUCAUUGAUACACAGCAUAAAAAGAAGCAGUCCCAACACCGACCCCUGCAGAACACCACUAGUCAUUGGCAGCCAACCAGAAAAAGAUCAUUUUAUUCCCAAUUGCUGCCUCCUACCAAUCAGCCAAUGCUCUAACCAUGCCAGCAACUUAACUUGGCAUUUCUGGCACCUUGUCAAAGACCUACCGAAAGUCCAAAUAUACAACAUGCACUGCAUCCCCUUUAUCUGUCCUACAUGUAAUUUCCUCAAAGAAUUCCAACAGGUUUGUCAGGCAGGAUAUUCCCUGAAGGAAACCAUGUUGACUUUGUCCUAUUUUGUCCUGUGUCACCAAGUACUCCAUAACCUCAUCCUUAAUAAUUGACUCUAACAUCCUCCCAACCACUGAGGUCAGGCUAACUAGUCCGUAAUUCCCCUUUUGCUGCCUUCCUCCUUUCUUUAAGAGUGGAAUGACAUUUGCAAUUUUCCAGUCCUCUGGCACCAUGCCAGAGUCCAAUGAUUUUUUAAAAACAUUACUAAUCUUUCACAAUCGCUACCGCUACCUCUUUAAGAACCCUAGCCUGCAGUUCAUCUGGUCCAGGUGAUUUAUGUACCCUUGGGUCUUUCAGCUUUUUGAGCACCUUCUCCCUUUUAAUAGUAACUGCACCCACUUCUCUUCCCUCACACCCUUCAAUACCUGGCAUGCCACGAGUGUCUUCCACAGUGAAGACUGAUGCAAAAUGCUCAUUUAGUUCAUCUGCCAUCUCCUUAUCAACCGUUAUUAUUUCUCCGGCCUCAUUUUCUAGUGGUCCUAUAUUCACACUCAUCUCUCUUAUUUGUUACAUACUUGAAAAAGCUUUUACUAUCCACUUUGAUAUUGUUUACUAGCCUGAUUUCAUAUUUCAUCUUUUCCCUCCUAAGGAUUCUUUAAGUUGUUUUCUGUAGGUUUUUAAAAGCUUCUGAAUCCUCUAUCUUCCUGCUAAUUUUUGCUUUUACAUUAACUUUGGUUUCCCUUGUCAGCCACUGUUGUACUAUUUUACCAUUUGAAUAUUUUUUCGUUUUUGGAAUACACAUGUUCUGCACCUUCCUCAUUUUUCCCAGAAACUCAUGCCAUUGCUGCUCUGCUGACAUCCCUGCCAGCAGCUCCUUCCAAUUUAUUUUGGCCAACUCCUCUCUCAUACCACUGUAAUUUCCCUUACUCUACUAAAAUACUGCUACGUCAGACUUUACUUCUCCCCAUCAAAUUUCAAGUUGAACUCAAUCAUAUUGUGAUCACUGCAGUCUCGUAUAUGGCACCUUGUCAAAGGUCUUCUGAAAAUCCAAGUACACAGCAUCAACUGAUUUUCAGCAUUUUGGGCAUCGAGGGAGAGAGGAAGAGGAGAGCCAUCCGCAGUACCACCGAUGCGGCAGAGAGGGCCUCAAGAUGGCUGUGGCUCAAAAGAGGGGAGCCAUGGAGUCAUAAGUAGCUAGCCAUCUGGACACAAGCUGGGGCCUGAUCAGCCCUGGCUGGGUCACCUGGAGGAGGUUGUAUGAUGUUGAAAGACCCGAAACACCCGAUGAUUCCAGGGACAUCACUGAAGAUGUGUCCAGAAGCAUCAGUAGAUGUAUGUACACAGCUGUCUAUCCUGCUUGUUAUUUCUUUAUAGAUUUCCAACAGGUUUGUCAGGCAAGAUUUUUCCUUGAGGAAACCUUGCCGACUACGGACUAUUUUAAAAUAUGCCUCCAAGUACCCCGAAACCACAUCCUUAACUGUCAACUCCAACAUCUUUCCAAUCACUGAGGUCAGACUUAACUGGCCUAUAAUUUCCUUUCUUCUGAUUUUCUCCCUUCUUGAAGAGUGGAGUGACAUUUGCGGUUUUCCAGUCUUCCGGAACCGUUCCAUAAUCUAGUGAUUCUUGAAAGAUCAUUACUGAUGCCUUCACGAUCUCUUCAGCCAUCUCUUUCAGAACUCUGGGGUGUAGUCCAUCUGGUCCAGCUGAUUUGCAUACUUUCAGACCUUUCAGUUUCCCAAGAACCUUGUCUCUAGUUAUGGUAAUUUCACACACUUCAUGACCCCUGACACCUAGAACUUCUACCAUAUUGCUAGUGUCUUCUACAGUGAAGAUUGAUGCAAAAUACUUAUUCAGUUUGUUUACUAUUUCAUUGUCCCCCAUUUCUACCUCUCCAGCGGGCCAAUAUCCGCUCUUGCCUCUCUUUUACACUUUAUGUACCUGAAGAAACUUCUAGUAUCCUCUUUAAUAUGGGUAGCUUGCUUUCAUAUUCCAUCUUUACCUUUUUAAUUACUUUUUUAGUUGCCUUCUGUUGGUUUUUAAAAGCUUGCCAAUCUUCUAACUUCCCCAUAAUAUUUGUUCUUUUCUAUGUCCUCUGUUUGGCUUUUAAGUUGGCUUUGACUUCUCUUGUCAGCCACGAUUAUGUCAUCUUUCCUUUAGAAUGCUUCUUCCUGUUUGGGAAGUGUAUAUAGAAACAUAGAAAACCUACAGCACAACACAGGCCCUUCAGCCCACAAUGCUGUGCCGAACGUGUACUUACUUUAGAAAUUACCUAGAGUUACCCAUAGCCCUCUAUUUUUCUAAGCUCCAUGUACCUAUCCAGGAGUCUCUUAAAAGACCCUAUCAUAUCCGCCUCUACCACCGUUGCCAACAGCCCAUUCCACCCACUCAACAUGCUCUGCUUUUUUUUUUAAAACAACAACAGCAACGACUACUUACCCCUGACAUGUCCUCUACCUACUUCCAAGCACCUUAAAUCUGUGCCCCCUCGUGCUAGCCAUUUCAACCCUGAGAAAAAACCUCUGACUACUCACACAAUCAAUGCCUCUCAUCAUCUUAUACACCUCUAUCAGGUCACCUCUCAUCCUCUGUCACUCCAAGGAGAACAGGCCAAGUUCACUCAACCUAUUCUCAUAAGGCAUGCUCCCCAAUCCAGGCAACAUCCUUGUAAAUCUCCUCUGCACCCUUUCUAUAGUUUCCACAUCCUUCCUAUAGUGAGGUGACCAGAACUGAGCACAGUACUCCAAGUGGGGUCUGACCAGGGUCGUAUAAAGCUGCAACAUUACCUCUCGGUUCUUAAACUGAAUCCCACGAUUGAUGAAGGCCAAUGCACCGUAUGCCUUCUUGACCACACAGUCAACCUGCGCAGCAGCUUUGAGCGUCCUAUGGACUCGGACCCCAAGAUCCCUCUGAUCCUCCACACUGCCAAGAGUCUUACCAUUAAUACUAUAUUCUGCCAUCAUAUUUAACCUACCAAAAUGAACCACCUCACACUUACCUGGGUUGAGCUCCAUCUGCCCAGUUUUGCAUCCUAUCAAUGUCCCGUUGUAACCUCUGACAGCCCUCCACACUAUCCACAACACCCCCAACCUUUGUGUCAUCAGCAAAUUUACUAACCCAUCCCUCCACUUCCUCAUCCAGGUCACUUAUAAAAAUCACGAAGAGUAGGGGUCCCAGAACAGAUCCCUGAGGCACACCACUGGUCACCAGCCUCCAUGCAGAAUAUGACCCAUCAACAACCACUCUUUGCCUUCUGUGGGCAAGCCAGUUCUGGAUCCACAAAGCAAGGUCUCCUUGGAUCCCAUGUCUCCUUACUUUCUCAAUAAGCCUUUCGUGGGGUACCUUAUCAAAUGCCUUGCAAAAAUCCAUAUACACUACAUCUACUGCUCCAAUUUCAUCAAUGUGUUUAUUCACAUCCUCAAAAAAUGCAAUCAGGCUCGUAAGGCACGAUCUACCUUUGACAAAGCUAUGCUGACUAUUCCUAAUCAUAUUAUGCCUCUCCAAAUAUUCAUAAAUCUUGCCUCUCAGGAUCUUCUCCAUUGACUUACCAACCACUGAAGUCAGACUCACUGGUCUAUAAUUUCCUGGGCUAUCUCUACUCCCUCUCUUGAAUAAGGGAACAACAUCUGCAAUCUUGCAUUCCUCCAGAACCUCUCCCGUCCCCAUUGAUGAUGCAAAGAUCAUUGUCAGAGGUUCAGCAAUCUCCUCCCUCGCCUCCCACAGUAACCUUGGGUACAUCUCAUCCGGUCCCAGAGAC